AUGUCCCCCCCAACCUUCCAAAUCCACUACUUCUCAACCGCCUCUUCCUACACGAGAAAGCAAACAGAGUCCUUCCCCGCGCCAUUCCCGCUCCCCAAACUCUUCGACCUGCUCGAGUCGCGAUAUCCGGGUAUCAAAGAAAAGGUGCUCGUGAGCUGUGCGGUUAGUGUUGGGUUGGAGUAUGUCGAUGUCGCUGUGGCCGACACCAACGCGGCAAAGUUGGAUGGUAAGGAUGGUAAAGAAGAAGGCGGAGAAGGGGUAGUACAGGGUGAGGAGGUGCGGAUUAUUGGGCCUGGGGAGGAGGUAGCGAUUAUUCCGCCCGUUAGUUCUGGGUAG